GUGCUGUGCUUGAAGAAGGGAGCGUUGCUAAAGCAAGUGUUUGCACUCAGCAGAGCAGCAACACCCAGAGAAAGCCAUCUGUGUGCUGCAGGUGAUGCACUCCUGAGUUGCCACAGACACUACAGGUCCCGUCCUACACAUGGCAUUGGGAGGUUCAAAUACCUGCUCCCAAAAGAGGCUCCGAAGAAGAGAAAGGACAGAGUACAGAUGAAGGAGAUAAACACUGGGACAGACCAUGAGUAUGGAGAUAUCAACAUCCAGAUGACUUCCUAUGAUAUGUGUCUCGUGGAGAAUUUUUCUCAGUAUGUGCAUAAACUCUGCAACAGACUCUCCAUUCGAGUGAAGGAGAGCUACGCGAUGCCCACCAAAACCAAUGAAGUGCUGUUCUUGGAAGAGAGAGGUUCCAAACUGCAGCUGGAUGCUGUCCUCACAACCCAUCAGAGGGUUGUCCAGAUCAGCCAUUUGAGUUCAACGUUUGCUCCAAUCCUCUUGGAAAUCAUUCAGAGCAACCAGCCUGAAGGGGUCCAUCUGUUAGUGAAAGAGCACACAGAAGAUGACUUCAGGAGCCGAUUGAAGUCUCGACCAGAACUUGAAGAGCUGAAGGCACAGAUGAACUGA